AUGACCUCAGGCCAGGCAGCUCUGCAUCUGCAGAGGACCCUGAAGGAGCUGACGGAUGGAGGCUGUUUGCUGCGCAGGCUGGGCACACAGUGCAGGAUAUUGCCUUGGAGGAGGCAGCACAUCUGCAUGCCCAUCACAGUUCACCCCCUCACCCUGCUCAGGAAGCAGUCCUCUUCCUUUCACCCCGCCCUCUGGGGGGCGGUGCCCUGGUCCCUGGGGAGGUUCCCUGGCUGGGGGCUCCGGAGGAUUGCGCCUAGCCGGGUGGCGGGUUGCCUGAGGAGGAUUUGGGCUCCGGCUGCUGCAGCCUGGUGGCCAGCACCGCGGGGCCCCUCCUCUGCGCCGCCCUCGCCACUGCCACCGCCGCCACCGCCUCCUCCUCUCACUCCUCCUCUUCCUCGUCCUCCCCAUCCUCCUCCUGGUCCCCAGCAGCCGCGGCUCGGGGAGCAUCCGGCAGCGCAGCGGGCGCGCACCCUUUGUCUCUGGCCGCCGUGCGCGGGGCCCAGCGCAGGCGCCACGCGGGGACGGAGGAGGCAGAGAGGACGGGCAGUCAUGGAGAAACGGGAGAGAGGAGCCGGCCGAGCGUCACCGCUACCACCAUCACCAUCACCACCAUCACCACCAUCCCUGACCGCCGCCCAUCCCACCCCCAGCCUCAUCGUCCAUCUCAUCUCCCGUGCAAUGCCAACUUAUCAGACACUGUCCUUGUCAUCGGGGUCUCAACACAGGGCACCUGCAUCAUUGAUCUGGUUCACCACCCUUGACUCUGAAAUUGAGGAACUGAAAUACCAAAACAGAGAGCAAUCAUGAAGAUAAGUGAAUCUCAGCCACCUGAAAAAACACCCAGAUAGUUAAGUUAGCUCUUCCAAAAAGUUGUAAGACUCUAUUAGAGAUAGAUUUCUAAUAAUUUGAAAAUUCGUUAUUCAUGAGAAAUAAUUGGAAGUGUGCCCUUUUCAUCUCAAGUGAUCCAACAAGGUAACCACAAUUAUUGUAUUUCUGAUGUACUUAUGAAGGAAAAGACUCGUAUUAACUAGGUCUUUUCCUGAUCCUUUUGUUGAUGGCCUCCCUAUAUCUUCUUGCAGUUGAUAGGAAGAAUUAGAGCAUAUUGCUUUGUUUUGCUAUCACCAUGGGAAAAUAAAUGGUAAUUGAAGAGAAACUGAUAA